AUGGACAGCAACGUCAAAAAUAAGAUAUCUACAGACGAGAAUCGUCGCAGCGACAAGAAUCGUCACAGCGACGAGAAUCGUCACAGCGAUGAGAAUCGUCACAGCGACGAGAAUCGUCACAGCGACGAGAAUCGUCACAGCGACGAGAAUCGUCACAGCGACGAGAAUCGUCACAGCGACGAGAAUCGUCACAGCGACGAGAAUCGUCACAGCGACGAGAAUCGUCACAGCGACGAGAAUCGUCACAGGCGAGCGACGGAGAAUCGUCACAGCGACGAGAAUCGUCACAGCGACGAGAAUCGUCACAGCGACGAGAAUCGUCACAGCGACGAGAAUCGUCACAGCGACGAGAAUCGUCACAGCGACGAGAAUCGUCACAGCGACGAGAAUCGUCAACAAGACGACGAGAAUCGUCACAGGACGAAUCGCCAGGACGAGAAUCGUCACAGCGACGAGAAUCGUCACAGCGACGAGAAUCGUCACAGCGACGAGAAUCGUCACAGCGACGAGAAUCGUCACAGCGACGAGAAUCGUCACAGCGACGAGAAUCGUCACAGCGACGAGAAUCGUCACAGCGACGAGAAUCGUCACAGCGACGAGAAUCGUCACAGCGACGAGAAUCGUCACAGCGACGAGAAUCGUCACAGCGACGAGAAUCGUCACAGCGACGAGAAUCGUCACAGCGACGAGAAUCGUCACAGCGACGAGAAUCGUCACAGCGACGAGAAUCGUCACAGCGACGAGAAUCGUCACAGCGACGAGAAUCGUCACAGCGACGAGAAUCGUCACAGCGACGAGAAUCGUCACAGCGACGAGAAUCGUCACAGCGACGAGAAUAGUCACAGCGACGAGAAUCGUCAAAGCGACGAGAAUCGUCACAGCGACGAGAAUCGUCACAGCGACGAGAAUCGUCACAGUAUGUCAAUUUUUGUAUGA